AUGACACUGCAACAGAGGCAGCGAGACUCGACGUGCUGGCAGGCCAAGGCCAUGUACGACCAGUGCUUUGAUACGUGGUACACGCAAGUGUUUUUGCAGCGCAAGGCGCACGGCAGGAUGGGGUGCGAGAAGGAGUACGAGGCGUAUACGCAGUGUGUCAUGCGCGAACUUAACAGUAACAAACCACUUGUCGAGAGCAUCAAGUCGGUCAUGCAGCCCGAAGUGAAACAGCGUUUCGAGACGCAGACGGCUGCGUCUCGACAACAAGACGAGUAA